UUGGUUUUAGUGGCUCUUAUCUAAACUCACUUCACAAGAGUAAUCCUGCAUGUAGCGUAUUUAAGAUAUAAAUAAUGCAACGCCCAUCAGCGGCUGAAUGUCCCAAUUAAGUUACUGUUGUAACUGAACACAGCAUCACUGUCUGUGCCCCUUCAUAACAACAGCUGUAGCUUCUGUUUGAGCCAAUUAAGCAGGCACUGACGCGUACUCUCCGCCACAUUGUGCUCCAGCACCGCGUCCGGUUGGACAGCGACCAGGCUGCGUCCUCAGCAUCACCGCGCCUCGGCCAAUCAGAGCGCAGCUCGGGGCAGAUUAACCCACACGGCCCCGGCGCUGCUCUGAAGUAGCAGCCUCAAAAACAAGCCUGUGAUCCUCGUGGAUGAGAACUGUUUGGUUAACACGAUUCUAAAUAGCAGGAAAUCCAUAAUUGCUUGUUUAACACUUUUACUUUCAAAGGCGAAUCAAAAGGGAGAUGGAUGCUUGCGCGACAAUAGGAGAAAGCACGGAUGCGAUAGUGAUGGAUGAUUCUCCUACAGAUGAAAGGGGAAUUCAGGAGGCUUGCCAAAGUGAGAUCCCCGCAGUUUCUCUGUGCCCUCCUGACAGCCUGUGCUCUGUCGAGGCCCAGCUGACAGUCAUCCAGUCUGAGGGGGAGCUGUGUGACAGCUGCAGCAGUCUUGGCAGACCCUCUUCAUCCUGCCAGCUUUAUCACCAAGUCCCUCAGGGUCCUCGAACCAGGGCCUACAAUUUGUCACAACUCCAAAAAUGUCCCCAAUGCAGCCAUCAUGGGCAAGUCAAACCAAACACCUACCACAACUGCCACUCAAACACCACAGGUCCUCAUGGUGAAGGAGAUGUAGUGAUGAAAACCAGACACAGCUGUGAUUCUGCUCAACAGAAAUCCCAUCAUGGAGUGGUGAGAUGCCACUGGCUGCACGGGUCAAAUGAAAGUGCGACACAGAAACCAACACAGCGACAUGUGGUGUCAGUAAGGAAUGGAGGACUGUACUAUAUCCUUAGAAACUAUUCUCAGGUGAUAGUGGAAUACCCGUUAGCAGUGCUGGUGGGUUGCGCUGUGUUGCUACUGGGAUGCUCAUUGGCUGGACUCUUCAUUGGUCCACUGCCAGACUUCUCUGAUCCUCUGCUGGGCUUUAAGCCACGAGGAACGUACAUCAGUGUUCGCGAGUGCAGCUUGUCAGAGCUGCAGAAGAACACUGGCCCGGGGAAAGCUCUGUCUCCUUUACCACAGCAGCUUAGUAAAAGGAAUGAUGCCAGUGGAGACAGCAGCGGUAGCCAAGACACCUCCAGGCUUCGCACCAAGAGGAUGCUGGCCAGAGACUCUUCUCCAGACACAUUCCUCUGUGACGCUCCAGGCGAGCGUUUGGCCCAGCUGGUGUUUCGAUCAGAAAACUCAGCCAGUCUCUGGAGCCUGAAGGCCAUUCAUGCCAUGUGUGAGAUGGAGCAAUCCAGGGUUAGCUCACAUCCACACUCAGAUACUCUGCAGGAAAUAAAACUAUUUUAUAUAGGCUACCUGACCUAAUCUGAAAUGAUUUUUUUUUUUUUUUUUUUUUUUUUGGGGGUUUUUUUUAAAACCUGUCCAAGUUGGUCUCUGGGGAAUUACUUAGCUGUCCUUAGUAAUGCCUCCUCCUGCCUCAGCCUCACAUCCCACCAGGUUUCAGAGUCUCUGAACCUUCUCCGGACGUGUGCGCCAUACUACCAUGAAGGACAUCUAUUGGAAACCUGUGUGGACAGACCCAAACAUGGCAGCUGUUCCUCUGUUCCAUCUCGCUGCAAACAAUCCCGCGUAGUGUUCCAAAUCCUGCACUUUCUAGUUGAUAAAGACUUCCUUGGCCCUCAGACGGUUGAAUACCAAAUCCCAACACUGAAAUACAGCCUUCUGUUCUUACCGGUUGACAAAGGGGAGCACAUGAUGGAGAUCUACAUGAACAGUCUUGAAGGCAGGGACCUGACAUACAACAAUACCACUAUUACUGGCAUGGAUUUUGGCAUCAAGCAGACAUUGUUCAAGUAUUACCUAGCAAGAGAUUCCGUAUACCCUGCCCUAGCUGUUGUUUCUCUUCUUUUCACUAUGGCUCUGUAUGUCCACUCUCUCUUCAUAGUAGUGUUAUCUGUAAUAGCAAUCACCAGCUCCCUCCUGACCUCCUAUUUCUUCUACAAAGUGGCAUUUCACCUGACUUACUUCCCCCUGGUUAACCUUUCUGCAGCUCUUAUUCUCUUGGGUAGUUGCUCUAAUCAGGUUUUCAUCUUUUCUGAUUUCUGGAAUAUGCAGCUAUUGCAGAACCCCUCAGCCUCCCUGGAGAAGAGAGUAAAUAGAGCUUUGCAGGAAGUUGGCUAUUUGAUUUUGGCAUCGGGGUUGACCUCCAGUGCAGCAUUUUUCUCUGGUUAUCUCAGCAGCAUCACAGCAAUCAGAUGUUUCUCCGUUUAUCUCGGAACUGCCUCUAUUAUCAGCUCACUCCUGGCGUUAGUGUGGCUGCCGUGCUCGUUCAUUCUGCGUGAGCGCCACAUACAAGCAACCUCUACGUCUGUAGUAGUGCAGGGAUUGAAACCAUGCUGCCCCAAAAAUACCAGUGGUUUCUGGGAAAUUAGUUCACGCAAGAGGUGCCUCUUCACCCUUGGCCAGAAGCUGAGAGAGUUAAAACAGGGUCUCACCGACACAUCCAAUUUAUUAUUUCUGAAAAUCCUGCCUUGUGGGGUGGUAAAGUUUAGGUAUAUCUGGGUGUGCUGGUUUGCAGCGCUCGCUGCUGGGGGCAUGUACAUGUCCUGCAUUGACCCAGGCAUGAAGCUGCCCACCCUAGACAGCAGGGUCACUCAGCUUUUCCGCUCCAGUCACCCAUUUGAGAGAUAUGACGCAGAAUAUCGUCAUAUGUUUAUGUUUGAGAGACAGAGGAACGGAGAGGAUAAGCCAGUUACAGUAAUGCUUGUUUGGGGGAUCAAACCAACUGAUAACGGGGACCACUUUGACCCUAGAAGCAGUGGCUCUUUGGUUCUUGACCCAGACUUUAAUAUGAGCCAACCAGAUGCUCAGGUUUGGUUAAGGGACCUCUGUGGACAUGUCCAAAACCAAAGCUUUUAUUCCCCUCUGUCACCUGAGGAUAAAGAAGUGAUGACAGACAAUAUCUGUCUUGUGGAGCAGCUGAUACACUGGUUAUCUGUCCGUCAAUGCUCAGAGAGUGAUGAUGCCCUUUAUUUCUGCUGUAAUAACAUCUCUUUCCCCUACCCUCCCAGCAUUUUUGAGAACUGCCUCAGUAUGAUGCUGGCAGAGAGGUACGCUGAUGGCCAUCUGGCCCACAGCAGAGGGCUGUACUUCCAACCAGAUGGCAGGGUUGCUGCCCUUAUGUUGGCAUUCAAGACCACAUACCGCUACAGCCUCAACUUCAGCAGAACCAGUGUUUUUUACAGAGAGACCUUGUCUUGGUUUAACAGAGAAAUAUCCAGAGCACCACAAGGGCUAGAAAAUGGCUGGUUCAUCAGUCAGCUGUCUCUUUUUGAUCUACAACAGUCUUUAAGCUCAGAGACUCUGGUAGUAGCUGGCUUCUCAGUAGCUCUCACACUUGUUUUCCUUCUCUUAACCACCUGGAAUAUCCCAUUGAGCACAUAUGGGACUGUAGCUGUAGGAGGCAGUGUGUUUGUCACAGUCGGCCUCCUGGUUCUUCUAGAAUGGCAGCUGGGUGGCACUGAGGCUUUGUUUAUAUCAAUAGCAGCAGGGUUGUCUGUUGACUUUAUUGCCAACUACUGCAUAUCCUACAGUUUGGCUCCUCAUUCAGACAAAAUUGGGAAAGUAGCCCACUCCACUAAAAAGAUGGGGUGUCCGGUAGCAAUAGUUUCUGGUGCUUUUUUCUCCAUGGGGAUCAUCAUGUUGCCUGCCACAGCCCUGCUCUUCAGAAAACUGGGAAUUUUCCUGUUUCUGGUGAAAUGUGUAGCAUGUGGAUUUGCAACAUUCUUUUUCCAGUCCCUGUGCUGCUUUUUUGGACCCCAGAAAAACUGUGGAAAGAUCACACUGCCGUGUUUUUCAGACCAAAGUGAUACUGUGCUGUCCUCUUGUUCAGCAGCAGAACCUGGUUCCUCCUCAGCCUCGGCUGCUAACGGGGCCUAUGGCAGAUCUAGAGUGAGGAGGAGUUAUGACAAUGAAGCAGGUGGCUAUCUCUACCCAAACCACCGUCAUCAUGGACAGAAACAGACUGCAGGAGUGGGAGGUGGGGGGCAAGGGCCAGAGCAGUAUGAACUGCAGCCACUGGCCUACAGGCUGAGUGACAGCUUUGAAAACAGCACCUGUACCAGUAAAUUGUCCAACCGGCCUUCUGUGCUCUCGGAUGAGAUCGAAUACAGUGGGAGGGAUGUGGGCAGGGAUAGCUUGAAUGGGGAGAGUGAGGUAAUGAGCAGUCAUCAAGGUAAAAUCUGCCAGGCUCCUCCAGCCCUCCAGACCUCAUCACCUUACAAAGAAAACACCCUGCGAUCUGUAGGACUGGCGCAGGAAGACCUCGCUAAAGACAAACUGCUGUGCAAAACCUGCAGAGGUCAGUCUGGUGAGGUGAAGCACUGGGGCAAUACAUCCUUCUCCUCAACUUCCAGCAUAGAGGAGACUAUCAUCGGCCAUACACUGGAGACCACUGACCAGCCAUCUCACUGCAAAGAUGAACAAACCACAGAUGACUAUCAUCGUCACUCCCACAAAGACCACCUCUCCUUCCAGUCCCUGAGCUCCACUGAGGGUCUGGAGGACUCCUGCGAAACAUGCCUCAGUGACAUUGAACCAGGGCCUUCAAACAUGCAGCAACAUGAAAAAGACGCAGAGGUUCAUUUACAACCAGGACACCUAAACAGAAAAAGAGAUACACUUCGCCUCUCGCUGAAAGAAACCAUUUAUGAGUCUUGUAAUAAGGGCCGCACGAGUCAGAGUGAAGAAGUAGUCAUCUUACCCAACAGUAAGCCAGACUUACCAGAUGUUUGGAUAAAGAGAGAUGGACAACGAGAGGACAUGUGUUGAGCAAUGCUGGAGAAAUAUUUGCAAACACUGUGGAUUAACUGCUCUGAAUUUAUUUUAAAAAAGAAAAAAAUCACUGUACUACAAAAGGAGCAAACAUACUUUUGUAAAACUCAAAUGAAAUAUAAGGCAACUGCAAAUUUAAUGUAACUGCAUGUUUGCUAAAGUUGUAACAGUUUCUGUUACAAGUGUGGUCAGAGUAUUAUUGUUUCUUCAGUGAAAGGUCAAAUCAAAGCAUGACUUGUUCAAUCCAGCAUUUUCAGAAGGAGAACUAAAGAUGAAGCUUUCUAUUCAACCACAGCUGUGCACUCAUAUCACACUUGAAAAAACUAAAGCUAAGGUAUUCUGCCAACACAAAAAACAGCAUUACUUUGUGCCUGGAAGUUUUUAUCAUCUGCACCUGGACAAUCUGCAUAGACUGGGUUACCAACAAAUACAGUACCACCUGUGUGCAACCACUAGCCUUUCUCUAUGCUGGAACUGACCAUAUGAAGCCAUAUAUAUAUCCAUGGACAUGACUGAAAAGUAACUACACUAAAAGAUAAAUCUGAAAAAUACAGAGAAAAGACAUAUAGAGGAAAGUUUUAAUGUGUGCCUAUGUACAGUGUACAUAAGAUUUAUAAACAAGAAUCAAUCAUCAUCACAUCUAAACUAGCAAACAACUGUCACUUAGUUUUGCACUUUGUGAAAAUAUGUACAGGAUGUCCUUUGUGACCAUGACAAAGAAAAUCAGAAAUGUAUCAUUUGUGGUGCAAUGGCUUGUUUGCAUUUAGUGUCUUACUGUCAAAUUAAAAGUCAUUGUUUAUUCCAGUGUCGGUGACAAAACUGUAGUGUUUAUUUACUGUUAUUGAUUCUAAUAGGGAAAAAUGGUUUUUAACACAGAUAAAAAAAUAUACACUCA